AUGGAUUCAGACGUUUCAAGAGGCAAACCUCCUGCUCCAAGGAAGGUAAAAUUUGCACCGAAAGCUCCUCCUCGUCGAGUGCCAAAGGCUGAAGUUAAAACUGAAGUUGUUGAUGAUGCGGAUGCUGUUCAGGCCAGGGACUUGCUGCGCCGUUUUAAUGAGAGUUCAAUGAGAGCAAAGCCUAAGGCUGAGAAAAAAGUGUCAGCUUCGCAAAUUGCUUUUGGUGUUGGAGGUGCAUCAGCUUCAAUCAAAUCAUAUGGCACUCCCUGGGGUGGAAGUCUAAGUGGAAGUUCUCAGAGUUCAGCCUUCGGUGGUGUAAGAGAGAAAGAAUACCAAGAACCAUGGGACUAUUACAGUUAUUAUCCAGUUACUCUUCCUUUAAGGAGGCCCUAUUUGGGAAACCCAGAACUUCUUGAUGAGGAGGAAUUUGGGGAGGCUGCAGAAUCCUCAGCUUAUGAUGAAAAUUCAUCAAAUCCAGCAACAGAGCUUGGACUGUUGGAGGAGAAUCCAGAGGCAAGUUUGUUUUUGGUUCGGCUGCCACAAAUUUUGCCUAUGAUCAAACAAUCAGCUACUGAAGGAGACCAAGACGCACCUUCAAGCUCCAAAAAGCCUGUAGGGGCCAGACCUGUGGAAAGGCCGUGUAAUCUGGACGAUUUACCAUCUGGAUUGUUAGGUAAACUGCUCGUAUACAGGAGUGGUGCAGUAAAGCUGAAGCUUGGUGAUACUCUGUAUGAUAUUUCCUCUGGCAUGGAGUGUGUGUUUGCCCAAGAUGCUGUUGUGGUCAAUUCUGCUGAGAAAAAUUGUUGCACUGUCGGGGAAAUCAGCAAACAUGUUAUUAUAACUCCAGACGUAGACGCCAUAUUAGAGAGUGUGGCUGAUUUGUGAUGAAUUCAAUACGUUUCUGAUAUAGUUUGUUCUUCUUUUUUUUCCUUUGAAGAAAUUCUGAUUGAUUUACUUAUUUAUUCCGAAAAAUGAAGAGAAGGAAGUGAGAAAAAUUUUGAACUUAUGUCUUAGAUUGAACAAAAGAAAAGAGGUUGCAAAGG